AUGUAUGAGGAAAGGGGCCCGCCCAAGGGCUCCCAAAGUGGCGAGAGGCUAUCCACGGACGCCGCGCUCCCUAGGCUUACUCGCCUGGUUGCAAGGCAAAGUGCCAAAAUAACGGAUAAAAUAAACAAAGCUCCUACAGAAGGUGCUCGGCCUGGGGCGGCUGCUUCUGCUGCUGUUGCUGCAGCUGUGGUCUCCCCGGCGCAGCCGCUGCAGCCCUUCAGCUCCUCUGCAGCUGCAGUGACCAGUGGGCACUGUGGCUUUGCAAGAAAGGUUUCUCCUUUUGAGGGGCCCUUCCUUGGGGCCCCCCCGCCGUUCGCCCCCCCUCCACCGCCGCCCCCGCCCCCGCCCCCGCCCCCAGCAGAGCUGCUGGCUGCUGCUCAGAUCAGCACGCUCUAUAUGCCGCAGAGUUCCUUUAAAAGGGACUCCACAGAAGCCGCUAGGGGGCCCUCAGGGGCCCUCAUGGGGGUAGCGGGGGCCCCUGUUAGCCUCCACUCUCAGGCGCUUGACCGAGAUGCACCAGCGUAUCCUUCUCUUCCAGCCACUCUCCUCGGGCCCAGUGCCCCGAUGAAGCAGCAGCAGCCGAUUCUGCUGCAGAAGCAGCGGCAGUACGACAAAGGUUCAGCGCCAGGUGUUGCUGCUGCUGCCCAGAGUGACCCUGAUUUCGCAGCUGCCGAACAGCGACACGGGAGCAGCAGCACCUUAAAGAGCUUGCGACGGCCUACGGGUUUAAAGCAGCAGCAAGAGCCGCAGCCACUGCAGCAACAGCACCAGCAGCGCCGGCAGCAACAGCAUCAGCAGCAAAACGCUGUUUCCAGCGAGCCAACUACUGCAGACGCUGGCCCUCUAUUUGCAGCGCCAGCUGUGGCUGUAGAGCCUCAGUUACCCUUUGAGAAACAGCAGCAGGAGCAGUUGCACCAGAGGCGGCAGCAGCGGCAAACGCGGCUUAAGGGGCCCCUAGACGCUCCUCCUCAACGUGCGAGGCCCCUAAUAGAGGCCCCCUCACUCCCUUUGGAUUCCAGAGGCAUACAAGUGCAGCAGCAGCAACAGCAAGAACAGCAGCAGUGGGGGCAGGCUGCGGCUAGAGUGGAGACAAAAAGCAACACUCCUAGAAGCAGCAUAAGACACCCAGUGGAGCCGGGCGUCGCUCAGCAGCAGCAACCACACCAAAGACAGAGGCAGCAGCAGCAACAGGAGCAGUGCCAGGAGCAAGGGGAGGAGCAGCUUCAACAGAAGCCUCAGCAGCAGCAGCAGCAGCGGCUGCCAGCAGUCUCUGCUGUAAGGAACUGUGGCACCCCUUCCUUGAUGCGGCGCUACAGCAGCACGGCAACGGAUACGGACAAGGGGGACCCCAGCAGCAAAGAUAUCCCCAGCAGCAGGGAAGCUGUCUGCAGCAAAGAAGCCUUCAGCAGCAUAGCGCAGCAUAGCUUGCCCCUGGGCAGCAGCAGCUCCAGGAGAUGCAGUGGCAGUGGUAGGAGUAGCAGCAGCCGUCUGAAGGAGCAGCAGCAGCAGCAGGCGCAUCAGCAGCAGCAGCAGGCGCAUCAGCAGCAACAGCAGGCUCAUGAGCAGGAGCAAAAGCAGCGCAAACCCGCAAAGCAGCAGCUGCAGCAGCAGGAGAGUCUCUUUGGAGCAGUUGGGGCGGCGUUAGGGCGAGUAGUUGAGCGCCUGAUUAACACAGGAGAAGCUCAGGGGCCCCAGGGGCACCCCCAGGCUGGGCUGGGAGGCCCCCGCGCGUUGUCGAGGAGCACUUUGCUUCAGGACACAGACAGUGACACCGGGAUCAACAACUCGGGAAAGACUGCAGCGCAGCAAACGAACGAAAAGAAGCAACCGGGAGGCCUUCAGAGGCUAAGAGGCCGCGUGCAAAGAAACGCAAAGGCUGCAGUCCAAAGGCACCCCAACGGAGUCAGCAGCAGCAGAAGCUCUGAAGACAGGAGAGCCAGCCAAAGUGCGCAGCACGGCUACGCCAGAAGCAGCAGCAGCGACUGCAGCAGUAGGAGAAGCAGCAGCAGCAACGAUGCAGCAAAGCUUAUGCAGUAUCUGCAGCAGCUGGAGGAGGAAGAGAGGGAGCUGCAGCAGCGCGAGAGGCGCAAGAAGCAGCAGCAGCAGCAGAAGCUGCGCAAGCACAGCCAGUGCAGAGCAGGCCGGCGCACAAGCAACAGCAGCAGCGGCAACGGCAAAGGCAGCAAAGCAAAGGAGGAGGCAGCUGCCCCUGGCGCUGCUGCUGUUGUUCUCUCUAACCUCGGAGAGACUGCGAGAGCCCUACUGCAGGUUGCUGCUGCUGCCCCUGCUGCAGCAGCUGCUGCCGCUGCUGCAGCGGUAGAAGCCGCAUCAGGAGACGGCGACGAGGAGGGGACGACGCUGCUGCCUGUGCAUGACGGGUCUGCUGCUGCUGCAGUCGGCGCUUUUGCAGUUCCCGGAGCGGCUGCGCGUGUGCUGCCGCCGCGAGACGCCGCUGCUGCAGCUGCGGCAGCAAAAGGGGACGCCGUAGCAGCAGGAGACGCUGGAGCAGAAAGCGCCGCGACUGCUCAAGCCCCAGACGGUGCCGUUCCCGCGGCAGGAACUGCUGCUGCUGCACCUGCUGCAAGCAACAAAACGCAGCUAGAGACCUUCAGGCACUGGAGACCCUUCGGCCAGCUGUGGGGCGCCAUGUUAGCAGAGGACUGCUGCGUGGAAGUAGUGCAGACUCUGACAGCUCUCUACACUGCGUUCGCUUUAAGCUGCCCCCGAGACGGAAUGACCCGGGAGGAAUUCCUCGCCUUAUUUAGGGCCUACCCGAACUGCCUAGCGCAAGUAGAGCACCAGCACUUCUUAUUUGACGCUAUCGACAGGAAGCAGAAAGGCAAAAUCCCCCUGAGAGACUUCCGCUGGGGCGUCUUCUGCUGCUGCCCUAAUGCCGUUCAAGAUAUCAACAGAGCGAGAGGCCGUUUGCGUCUGCAGCUGCUGUACCGGGCGUACGACGUCGACGGAGAUGGCCUAUUGAAUAAACAAGAACUAAACUGUCUGCUUUGCCAUCUGCACUCUGUUUCCGCUCACCCAACAGACAGAGCUCUUUCGCAGCAACAAAUACAGGCAGCAGCAGCAGUAAGGAUGCUGCUGCUGCGCUGCAGGUGUUCUGUUGCUGCUGGGGCUGUGUGCUACAAAUAG